AUGUCGGCAUGGGAUGUCAGCAAGUAUGAAGAAGCAUUAGUGGCAGCUGAAAGUACAUUAUUCAAGCUCUUCCCUGAUCUUUUGUACGCAGUCCGCGCUCAAACUGGCGUAUCAUCGGCCGUAUGGGUUGUACCAGACGGUAACACAGCGGACCUUUCUAAAACAUAUACGGAGGGUAUAACUCUUCAGGUUACUUGGAACUCAGUCCCGGAGGGAUACAAAUUUAAUACACUAUCCAAUCUGUGGGUUACAACAUGGGAUUACGAGAACACACAAUUCAGUCAACUGCUCACAGAGAAUGUGAACACAAACAACAGUGGUACAUAUGACUGGACAAUUACAAUCCCGGCGAAAAUUCUUAAUAAGGACGCAAAAUAUGUCCUCCGAUUUAAGGAUCUCAGCUCUGUGUAUAACGCGAGCUCGCAAGAGGUCUCCAGCACUGGAUUCUUGGUUAUUAAUGGAGGUUCUUCAUCGUCUUCGACAAUCUCUUCUAGUCAAACUUCUAGUCAAACCUCUAUUCAAACAUUUUCAUCUGCUUCAAGCACAAGUUCCACUAGCACUGUAGCAAUAUCACCAGCCACAUCGAGUGGGGGAAUCGUUACGCCAUUGGCGACUUCCUCAUCCACACCCAUCUCUGGGGACAAUGACAACGGCUUAAGUGGAGGUGCAAAAGCCGGUAUCGCUGUUGGUAUCGUGGUUGCAGCUUUGUUAAUUGCCGGAUUAGCGUUUUACAUUUUCAGGCGGAGACGCAAUGGCAAAAGUACUUCUACCAGACCCCAAACCGACUUUCCUGCAGAACCUGCGGUCUAUUAUGAUCCGCCAAAGCAAUACUUCACCGGAAACACAACUAACGUAGUAGCUGAGAUUGGUGGCCGUGAAAGAGUUGAGUUGCAAGGUAGCUAG